AUGUCUGUUUCUACCUCGACGACAAGGAUCUCAAAAGAUGCAGCCUCGUCUGCAGGGACUGGAACAGAGGGGAUGGUGUUCCCAGAGAGGAAGCAGUCUGGGCACAUGGGGCCGAAUCCUGGUGGAUCCAAGGCGGCGGGAGUCCAGCGGUGGGUCAAGCGUGUGGUUGUUGGAGUGCCUGUAACUGUUCAGGAGGCGAUUGCUAGGAGGGCGAAGCGGGUUGGUUUUGAUGGCAAGCAGCAACGCGACAUCGCCUCCACCAACGCCAACUCCUCGCUCCUAGUAUCAAAUGAAAGUGACACUGACUCUCAAGUCUCGUCGAACCGUGUUCGCAGGAUCUUGUUCAAGUCAUGCCUACUCUCGUUUUCGACCUUUCAUAGGCUUGUCAAAGAGUGUCACAACUUGGACGAGAUCGUCCUUGGAGGACGGUCAUUCACGCCCCAGCCUUAUACCUGGAUCGUUCUCUCGGCCCAGUGCCCCGGUCUUCGAAUCAUACGGAUCCAAGAAUGCGAUUACCUAGAGCCUCUGCCGGGGGUCUCGACAUUCAUCGGGAUGUUUCUGCGACUGGAGGAACUGGAAUUCAACGCCGUCAUGUUUGACAAUGAUCCUGAUGAUCUUCACGAUGGCCUUGAUGUUGUACUGAAGGAGCACGAAUCCUUGACAGUGGGAAGGAUCGACGUACCCAACUAUAUUGGCGAAACGGAAUCGGCGUCAGAACCAUUGUCGACAUCAGCACAGGCACGGUACGAGUUCAAGGAUUCAUUCCGUCUCAAGCACAACGACCCAGAACGACGCGAGAUCAAGUACAGGAGAAAGGUCUGGCGCGACAUGGCACUGAGAUAUUGCGGGCUUUGGUUCGCGACGGUCGAGAAACUGACGAUCCGGCCCAGGUUUCAGUGUUACAGUCCGGUAGAGGCACCGGAUGAGAUGGGUCUCGAUAACCGAGGCUGUUUAUGCGAUGACCUCCUCGCCAAAUCUCCAGCACCUUGUUCUUCAAGGAACUACUAG